AUGGAGUUUGUGCGCCGCAACUGGAAGAUCCAGUACCCGCCGGAGCCGCCCAAGACCCCGGACGCGCUCCGCUUCGGCGUUCUUGGCGCCGCUAACAUCGUGCCUAUAGCGCUGAUCACGCCCGCCAAGUCACACGCCGAAGUGAUUGUUCAGGCUGUUGCUGCGCGCGACAAGGCCAAGGCGACGGCCUUUGCGAAAGCAAACGGCAUUCCCCAGGUGCUGGACAGCUACGAUGCCAUUGUCAACGACCCGACCAUUGACGCCGUCUACAUCCCUCUGCCCAAUGGAUUGCACUACGAAUGGACUCUCAAGGCACUGGCCAAGGGCAAGCACGUCCUGCUGGAGAAGCCGUCCGUCUCCAACGCCGGCGAGGCCGAGCGGCUCUUCACGUCGCCGCUUCUGACGAAGCCCGUCGCCGCCGAGGUCAACGCCAGCGCCCGCGGCCGACCGCCCGUCUUGCUCGAAGCGUUCCACUACCGCUUCCAGCCGGCCUGGCAGUCCUUUUUGUCGCUGGUCGACCGCCCCAACCUGGCCACGGUGCACUGCGAGGCCAUCAUUCCUUCGUUCCUCUUUAGCAAGGACGACAUCCGCUUCCGCUAUGAGCUCGCCGGCGGUGAGAUGAUGGACCUCGGCACGUACACCUUCUCGACGCUGCGCCAGGUGUUUGCGGCUGAGCCCGAGGCGUGCCUCGACUGCAAGGUCACCAAGUGCGACCCGCCCUUUGAACUCUGUGACUACGCGUCCGAGGCCACCUUCCAGUUCCCCGGCGGACGCACCGGCACGGUGAAGAGCACGCUGCGUGGCGGCUACUUCGUACUGGGGGCCCCCUGGAUCCGCGUGGCGCACAAGCCCGUGCCGGCGCCGCUGGCGGCGGGCGAGAAGGCGUCGGCGAUCCCAGAGGGCCACGAACGCGUGGUGACGCGGACGCUGACGCUGAACAACUUUCUGCGGAGCAACGUGUGGCACCGGCUGGACGUGGAGGACGAGUUUGUCGUGCGGCGCAUCGAUGACCCGAGCGUCGUGGCCAAGCGCUGGACGGUCAAGGCGGCCAAGAAGAUCUACACCUUCAAGGACGCGGGCAUCGACCAGCCGAGCGAGCCGUUUUGGUUGUCGUACCGGCACCAGCUGGAGCAGUUUGUCGACCGCAUCCGUGGGCGCGAGGGCUCCGGUGUGUGGGUGGAACACGAGGACAGCAUUGCGCAGGCACGCAUGAUUGACAUGGCGUACAAGAAGACGGACCUGCCGCUGCGACCCAGCAGCAAGUACCAGCCGGAGUAG